GAACCACAAGGUGCGUGUGCUGCUGCUGCUGUUGCCCACGCGAAUUUUCUAGGAAUCGUCUUCAAUCUUACAAUCUGCACCGUUAGACUCACCCAGUCGAAUCGCAUUACUCACGUUUCACCUCAGAAAACCUCGCACAAUGGGCUGGCUUCCCUGGUCUUCCGAUUCCUCCUCCAACACUGCCGCCGACGGCGGCCGCAUAGCCCCCGAUCGUUCCUCCCGACAACGGUGCUACGAAGGUCGCGACUUGUUCUUCUCGUGCUUGGAUAGAAAUGAUAUUCUGGACGCCGUCAAGAACGACAAGGAUGCGCAGCGCAAGUGUGGAAAGGAACUGGCACAAUUUGAGACUGCCUGCUCGCGAGCAUGGGUCAAAUACUUCAAAGAGAAGCGCGUUAUGGAAUACAACCGGGACAAGACAAUCGAACGUAUCAAGAAAGAGGAUGCAGCCAAGGUCGAGGAUCUGAAAUCACAGGGAUGGACCGCGCGGUAGAAGAGAGGGCUAUGCGAGUGACUAUUCCCAGGAAACGACGCAUCGGGUGAUAGAACGGUGCUAUCAGCUCGAGGAGAUCUCAAAACUGUACUAUAUCGAACCUACGCCCACCGCUGUAUAAUGACUGUCAAACGAGGCUUUUCGCCAGCCCUCUCCUGUCGCGAAGCCUACAUGCUCUCUCCACUUACACUCCAGCAAUACCAUUUCAUUAGCAUUAUCGUGUGCUUGCAUUUCCCUAGUAAGGCUGAAUGAGAGACGCCCAGUAUGGUGCACGAGAU